AUGGAUUAUUAUUCCAGGUACUCUUAUGUGGAGUUGUUGGUUAGGAAAAGUGAUGCAAGUCUUGCCAUUCGUAAUUUUAUUGCUAGGUGUGAAUCUUAUUUUUCUGGUGAUUCUGCUGGUGAUCGAGUUGCAUAUUUUCAUUCUGAUAAUGGCGGCGAAUACAUUUCCAAAGACCUGGAGCAGUUCUUUGUGUCUAAGGGUAUCAAGCAUACUUAUACAGUUCCUCAUACUCCUCAGCAAAAUGGUGUUGCUGAGCGAUUGAAUCGCACAUUAUUUGAAAAAGCCAAGUCUAUGCUUUUAUAUGCUCAUGCUCCUGAGUAUUUAUGGGGUGAAGCUGUCAAGUCUGCUAAUUAUAUUAGGAACCGUCUUCCUAGUCGUACCACUGGUGGUGUUGCACCUCUUCAACUUUGGACUGGUAAACCUCCUAGUUAUCACCAUAUGAAAGUAUUUGGUUGUCAAGCUACAGUUGUUCUUCCUGGUGCUAAAAGAGAAUCUAAGUUAAGUUCAAAUACUGAAGCUGGUGUUUUUGUUGGGUAUUCUUUGGAUCGUACAGCUUAUCGAGUUCUUCUUGAUUCAAGCAUUGUUGAAGCCAGGAGUGUUUACUUUGAUGAGUCCAAGUUUCCAUUUAUGAAAAGUGAUAAGGACUUGUCUAUUAAUGGUACUGGUGUUGGGUUUAGUGUUGGUUCUGGUUCAGGGUCCAUGUCAGGGCCUUGUUUUGAUUCUAAGGGGUCUGGUUUAGGAUCUAAUGUUAGGGUUAAUUCUAUUGCUAGUUCUGAUUCAAGUUCUGGUUCUAGUUUUGGGUCUCAUAGAUCUUUACCAGCAUCCUCAUCUGGUUCUGGUUCUAUUUGUGCUUUACCGUCUCCGUCUCUGUCUUCUUCUCCGUCUCAUUCUCCGUCGGCGCCUCCUUCUUCUUCUUCUUCUUCUAUUAUUGUUCAUAAGCCUCGUUCUGUUCGUCGCAUUUUGUCUACACCUUCUGCUCCUCUUGAGUCUCCUACUCUUCCUACUCUUCCUUCUAUUCCUUCUGUUCCAUCUCUUCCUAGUUCUCCUAUUCUUCCACCUUCAGAUCAUGAAGUCUCUAUCUCUCCUGACUCAAGUCCUAUUGUUUCUUCUUCGGAAUAUAUUCCUUCACAAUUAGACUUAUCUGAAGCUGGUCCAUCUAUUAAUGAAUCUAAUAUUUCAGGUGAUUCUGGGAUCUCGCAACGAGGGGGUGAUAUUGGGUUUCAACCGUCUAUCAUUGCUUCGUCUCCCACUCCACCACCUUCUGUUGAAUUGGAAGUAGUGCCACUUAGUCAAGAAUCUCCUUCGUCUGAUCUUGUUAAUUCUCUUGACCAAGCUGGUGUUAGUGUUGUCACUAAGGAUGAUACUCAAGCUGUUUUGCCUAAAUCUCGAUCUCGUGUUGUUGCUGUUCGUUUACCUUCUAUAACUCCUGCCAAACGCCCGAGUUCUGAUGACAUUGUUUCACCUCCUUCUAAACACCUUUGUGAAAAUUCUUUGAAACAAUCUCCAGUGUCUGCAACACCUGCAAAACGUCCAGCUGAAGAAGAGUGUAUUUCUUAUCGUCAUCCUAGUAGUUUUGAAGAAGCUAUGUCUAGUGAAGAAGCUGAGUUUUGGCUUGAAGCCUGUGUUAUUGAAAUGUCGUCUCUUAAACGCAAUGGUACUUGGGAAUUGGUUGAUCUCCCACCUGGUCGCAAGGCUAUCAAUAGCAAAUGGGUGUUUAAAGUUAAGCGCAAAGCUGACGGUUCAAUUGAACGUUACAAAGCCCGUCUCGUGUGUAUUGGAUUUUCGCAAGUUGAAGGUAUUGAUUAUACUGAAACUUUUGCUCCCGUUGUUCGUUACGAGACUGUGAGGAUUGUUCUUGCUAUUGCUGCUCAGUUUGGGUUCCAGGUUCAUCAUAUGGAUGUCGAGACUGCAUUUCUUAAUGGUGAUCUCAAAGAAGAUAUUUAUAUGAGACAACCUAAAGGCUUUGUUGUCAAAGGCCAGGAAUCUAAAGUGUGUCAUUUGAAGAAGUCUUUAUAUGGUUUAAAGCAAGCUCCUUUGUGUUGGAAUGAGAAGAUUCAUGGUGCUCUUGUCAAACUUGGGUUUAUUCGUAAUGAAAGUGACUACGGUGUGUAUACCAAAGGAUCUGGGUCUACCAUGGUUAUUAUUGCACUGUAUGUUGAUGAUUUACUUAUUUCUGGCAAUUCUUCUGAGGUCAUUGCCAAAACCAAGUCUUCUUUGUCAUCUAUGUUUAAGAUGAAAGACUUGGGCCCAGUCGAGCAGUUCCUUGGCAUGAGAGUUAAGCAGUCACCGUACCAUAUUACUGUGGAUGUUUCACGUUAUAUUUUUGAUAUGUUGGAAGAGUUUGGUAUGCAGAACUGUUCAAGUGUCAAGACUCCUUUACCCACUCGUGAUCUUUCUGAUUUUUCCGAGUCUGACUCUGCUACCGAUGCCUCCAUGUAUCGCAGUAUUAUUGGUAAGCUGAUUUAUGCUGCUAAUUGUGCUCGUCCUGAUCUUGCUGUUGCUGGUACUGCUGAACUUGGUCUUGAAUAUCGAGCUCAGAAAGUCUACAAGCUUGUUGGCUAUAGUGAUGCCGAUUAUGCACAGGACAAGCAGGACCGUAAGUCCUUUACUGGGUAUGUUUUUAUUCUGUCUGGUGGUCCCAUUACUUGGGCUUGUCGAAAGCAAGUUAGUCCUGCAUCGUCCAGCGUCGAGUCUGAGUAUAUGUCAUUGUCUGAUGCGUCUAAGGAAUGCUUCUGGAUUAAUCAGUUGUUGUCCCUUUGCAAGAUUCCUGUUCCGUUGCCAGUGACUAUGUUUGAGGACAAUCAGGGAUGUAUUGCUUUGGCUCAGAACCCAGUGUUUCAUCGUCGCACCAAGCAUAUUGAUGUUCGUUAUCAUGUUGUCCGUCACUAUAUUCGCAGUGGAGUGAUUCAUCUGGAGUAUCUUGAUACUCAAGUGAUGUUGGCAGAUAUGUUCACUAAGAAUCUUGGUCGUGUGAAGUUUGAGACAUUGAGGGGACUACUUGGUAUGAAGGCAGUAGGUGAUUCUGCGACAAGGGGAGGUGUUGAGCAUGCAAUGUUGUCGCAGACUAGUGCAGUUGAUAAUGCACUUGCUUUUCUUCCACCUGCCAACCAAAUCGCCUCUGUGGGUGAAACAAAUCUUCCAAAUGUUCUUGAUUCUGGAAAUGCUACUGGUCAUCUUAUCUCAGACAACAGCUACUUUGUGUCGUAUGAGAAAUACAGCAGCCCCAAAACCAUCAGCUCUUAUGGUGGUUCCGACAUCGUGUUAGAAGGGGAAGGUAAAAUUGCUGUUGUAUUAAAAGGUGACGGUGGCACCAAUAUUUGCCAUAUUGCUGACGCACUUUAUUUUCCUGCUGGGUCUAGCAAUUUGUUUUCUGAUUCUGUCUGGCGCACGCACGAUGUUUCUUUUCAUACGGUCCCAAGUGGGGAUUGUCUGGCCUAUUUUGGUGAGGAAAAGGUUGGUAGGGUUGGCGGUGCCAGAGAUGCCAAGUCUCACAUUUGUGCCAACAUUGUUCCGGUAAAGUUUACUAGGAAUAUCGUACCUCCAACUGGAUCUUUCAAGUUCUCAGGAAAUUCAAUUGACUGGGAUCAGAUUUGCAGACAAGGACCAGAAGCUAUGAGGAAGGUUGAUAAAUCAGCCUUCGCGGUUGGAAAGGGACUACCUGUCCUUUCACAGUCUCUCAAAUUUAUUGCAAAGGAGGCCGUGUUGAAUUCGCAGGCACUUGACUGUCAUGUUCGUUUUGCUCAUUGCUCUUUGACUUCGGUGAAACAUUUAGCCAAGCUUGCUGAUCCUCCCUUUGAGGUGACCAAGCGUGACGAAGAAUUGAUCAAGGACUGUGUCAUAUGUGGCACGUCAAGAAGCAUUAAGAGGUUCACUUCUCCGGAUAAGCAUAUAGCUUCUGAAUCCACGGCUCCGUUAGCCCAGAUUCAUGCUGAUCUCGUCGGUCCCAUAGGUCCUGCCUCUUCAGGGGCCAGGUACAUGCUGAAUAUCAUUGAUGCAUUUUCUGGUUACAUCUAUGCUUUUGCUCUGGAAUCUAAGGAUGAAGCUCCUGGGAAACUUAUCCAGUUCUUUAAGCAGUUUGUGCCCAAAGCUGCUCGCCGUGCUGUUGACGGCAAGGCCACCAAGCUUAUUACUGACAAUGGUGGUGAAUUUAUCUCUGGGACACUUGGAAAAUUUUUAGCAGACUGGGGCGUCAUUCAUAUUUUAACUGCUCCUGAUGAACACCAACAAAAUGGGAAAAUUGAGCGUGCCCACCGCACACUGCGUGAGAUAUCUACUAGAGCCUUGAUGCAGUCGACACUCUGGGCCAAUAUCUACUGGGACUCUGCCUGGCUCUACGCUGUGCAGGUAUAUAAUUUCUCCAUAGUUAAUAAAGCCGGUAUCUCACCUUAUGAAGCCUUUACGGGCAGAAAACCACCUAUAGCACUAGUGCACACAUUUGGCUGCCUAGUUUUUGUCAUUAAAUCUGAGUCUCAGAAACUCAAAGGGACCCUUCAGCCUCGGGGCGAGCCUGCUCUGUAUUUGGGUCCCGACCCGUUAAAUCCUAAGAAUUUUCUAUGCAUUACGAGGAACAAGCGCAUUCGGCGCUGUGUACACGGCAACUUUCGUGACCAUGUCUUGCCUGGCGUUAAGUUUUUUGGCGAAAAGCCAAUUUACGAGGGUGACAUUCUCAUUGACUACAGUGAGAUUGGAAAUCGUGACCCUGACUACAGUGACUCUUCCACUGAUGAAUCAGAAAGUGAAGAUUGUUGGAAUAUAUGUCAUGGUACUAUCGUCUUUCAGCUUAUCAAUCGUAUUUACUUAUUAACUCUUGCUUUUAGUCUUUCCGCUAUGUCUAAUCACGGAAACACUACAGGAGUCAAUGAAGGACCCUCAUCCUUCGAGUCAGCCAGCACUGGAAGUUCUGUUGCCCACUCAACAUCUGAGACCCAUUCAAAGAACAACGCCAGCUCUUAUGAGACAUUCGCCGAUCUCCCUGUUCAUCGUCAAAUUGAUCUCGCUGACCGUUCUGGAUUUACCGUUAGACAAUUAACCAUUGCCAACAUACCAGUUUGUUCCGAAGGAUGUGAAGCUGAAUUAAAAGUCUUAGCAGACUUGACAGCUUACAUUAGAAACUCAAACUUCAAAGCUAGUCCUCCCCCAUCUCAAAGUGAAUUGGAUUUUUGGAUAUACGGUCUUAUUGGGCAAAUUAACAGCUGCGGCCGGAGUUUUUGGAACAACUAUAUCUAUAAGCCAAUUGUUGGCCAUACUGCCCUUCAGCUUGGUUACGGUAUCAGGUUUGAGAGGGCCCUUGAUGAACUACUCAAGGCUUACAUUUUAAAAACCACGCCUGCAGCUAACCUGGCUGCAGCUGAACAGGCCCGGUGGGACACGUCGCCCGAGUUUCUAAAAACUCCACCUAUGGAUUCGGCGUCUGUGCGGGAAGAAGCCAUGGGGGUCCUAUUUGAACCAGGAAAAAGAAUGGCCCGUAUAGAUCCUGAAAUCCUAGAGCCCGCCGACCUGGGGCGAGUGCUCUCAUUUUACCAACGUCUUAAUCAUAUUGGUUUGCGCAUAUCCCCAAGCCCUGAGCUUAACAUUGUAUUUGCGAUGACGCAAGCUAUCUCAGUAGGAGUUCCAGGUCCUAGUUAUUUCUCCGGGCUCACCAGCAGUGAAAUUGAAACCAAAAUACAAGCUACUGUUACUGAAGCUUCCAAGUGGGCCUCUGUAGUGGAGCAAUAUUUCUUUAACAACCCGGAUGGCACCUUUCACCGUGACCUUAUCUUAGCAGUACUGAAUAACAACAAGGUUUCAGCAGCUGCUCGCGAAGAUCCUCAGAGUCAUCUCUGGGGAUUACCAACAACUUCAGCAGCCUUCGUAAAAGGUCGAAGAAUUAUUGACGGUUCAACAAAAGUGGUGCCAAAGCAGGAACCCAAGCAAGAACCCAAGCAGGAAUCCAAGCAGGACACCUCGAAGAAAGCUGGCCACUCUGAUACCAAGCAAGGAAAAGGGAAGCAGUGGUCCAAGGGGUCCGGUGGCAACAAGAGGCGCAACAAUGAAGACAAGCAAGCUAGAAAGUCGAACUCUGAUGGUCAAAACAGAGUUGCUGCCUUGAAAGCUACCGAAUAUCUUGAGGUGGCUCGCGACGAUGUUGAAACUCUUUGCUCGGUUGCUCGGGCUAUCCAAGACGUAUUUGAUAAUGACGGCGGAAGCAGUGAUUAUUCGCCAGUUGCUUUUCUUCCACCUGCCAACCAAAUCGCCUCUGUGGGUGAAACAAAUCUUCCAAAUGUUCUUGAUUCUGGAAAUGCUACUGGUCAUCUUAUCUCAGACAACAGUUACUUUGUGUCGUAUGAGAAAUACAGCAGCCCCAAAACCAUCAGCUCCUAUGGUGGUGACGGUGGCACCAAUAUUUGCCAUAUUGCUGACGCACUUUAUUUUCCUGCUGGGUCUAGCAAUUUGUUUUCUGAUUCUGUCUGGCGCACGCACGAUGUUUUUUUUCAUACGGUCCCAAGUGGGGACUGUCUGGCCUAUUUUGGUGAGGAAAAGGUUGGUAGGGUUGGUGGUGCCAGAGAUGCCAAGUCUCACAUUUGUGCCAACAUUGUUCCGGUAAAGUUUACUAGGAAUAUCGUACCUCCAACUGGCUCCUUCAAGUUCUCAGGAAAUUCAAUUGACUGGGAUCAGAUUUGCAGACAAGGACCAGAAGCUAUGAGGAAGGUUGAUAAAUCAGCUCUCGCUGUUGGAAAGGGACUUCCUGUCCUUUCACCGUCUCUCAAAUUUAUUGCAAAGGAGGCCGUGUUGAAUUCGCAGGCACUUGACUGUCAUGUUCGGUUUGCUCAUUGCUCUUUGACUUCGGUGAAGCAUUUAGCCAAGCUUGCUGAUCCUCCCUUUGAGGUGACCAAGCGUGACGAAGAGUUGAUCAAGGACUGUGUCAUAUGUGGCACGUCAAGAAGCAUUAAGCGGUUCACUUCUCCGGAUAAGCAUAUAGCUUCUGAAUCCACGGCUCCGUUAGCCCAGAUUCAUGCUGAUCUCGUCGGUCCCAUAGGUCCUGCCUCUUCAGGGGCCAGGUACAUGCUGAAUAUCAUUGAUGCAUUUUCUGGUUACAUCUAUGCUUUUGCUCUGGAAUCUAAGGAUGAAGCUCCUGGGAAACUUAUCCAGUUCUUUAAGCAGUUUGUGCCCAAAGCUGCUCGCCGUGCUGCUGACGGCAAGGCCACCAAGCUUAUUACUGACAAUGGUGGUGAAUUUAUCUCUGGCACACUUGGAAAAUUUUUGGCAGAUUGGGGCGUCAUUCAUAUUUUAACUGCUCCUGAUGAACACCAACAAAAUGGAAAAAUUGAGCGUGCCCACCGCACACUUCGUGAGAUAUCUACUAGAGCCUUGAUGCAGUCGACACUCUGGGCCAAUAUCUACUGGGACUCUGCCUGGCUCUACGCUGUGCAGGUAUAUAAUUUCUCCAUAGUUAAUAAAGCCGGUAUAUCACCUUAUGAAGCCUUUACGGGCAGAAAACCACCUAUAGCACUAGUGCACACAUUUGGCUGCCUAGUUUUUGUCAUUAAAUCUGAGUCUCAGAAACUCAAGGGGACCCUUCAGCCUCGGGGCGAGCCUGCUCUGUAUUUGGGUCCCGACCCGUUAAAUCCUAAGAAUUUUCUAUGCAUUACGAGGAACAAGCGCAUUCGGCGCUGUGUACACGGCAACUUUCGUGACCAUGUCUUGCCUGGCGUUAAAUUUUUUGGCGAAAAGCCAACUUACGAGGGUGACAUUCUCAUUGACUACAGUGAGGUUGGAAAUCGUGACCCUGACUACAGUGACUCUUCCACUGAUGAAUCAGAAAGUGAAGAUGAAUCUGACUCUGACGACUACUCUCCCACUUCACUCUCUGGUGGUGGUGGUGGUAACUUUGGCUGGACUUAUGUGGGCUCUGAGGGAAGGAGCCACAGAUCCAGCAGAUUGGAGGACCAGGAUUCUACUUCUACAUCAUCGACACCUAUAACUGAAAACUCUUUUCAACCGUUGGAAGAUGAUGAUGUGGAGCUGGUUGCAGAUGAAUCAAUUAGUGUUGCUGACGACAAAGAUACACUUCAGUCUGAGGACCAUAUAUUGCUCGAAGAUUCUGCUGUUGAUGAUGCUGAUUUGAGAUCGGUGAACUCCAACGUAGCUGGUCGCCCUGGUUCCGAAGAUACUAACGAAGAUUUUUCUCACGAAAAUUCAUUUUCUGAACAUAUGGUAAAGCUCCAGAAAGCCUUUGCUCCAGGAACUCAGUCGCCCUCAGUGGUGGCUCAUCAAACAAGUCCGGUGACUCUUCCCAAACAGCUACACAUUUUGGAUGAGGAUGACAGUGUGGAUCUUGCGCUGUCUGGAACUGCUGAACUUAUCCGUGAGGCUUCAGCUGUUGAAACCGCGAGCCAAUCUGGUGGUGACAAUCAGGAUGCGGUUGACUCAGAAACCAAUGAUGAAGACAUGGAUGGGUCUGUGGAACAUAUACUGGGUUUCGACGAAUUGGAAGACUCAUCAGAUUCUGAAUCUUCGUCUAGCGACGUUGUCAUGGAUUCCUCUACUAAGUUGGAGGAAGCUCCUGCGAGAGAUGUCGGGGUGCCGCAAGGUUUAGGUGACACUCAAGGUACUGCUACAAGCACAAAUAAUCCUGCCAGCAAUCAACUGGUUUUGGCGGCGGCGGAACUUGUACGGGCCACCACCGAGCUAGUAGAAACUACGACGUCUGCAAAUCGGUCUGCCAGAAUGGCUGAGGCGGGCGGUACUGGUGGUUCUGAUACUGUUACUACUGCUGCAUCUGGAAGUGGCAGUGAACUGAGAGACACUGCUGUGAAUGAUCGCCCACGCUUACCGCCUGCACCAUCUACUCAGAGGCUCCUGCUAGAGUAUGGGCGAGCAGGGGACGCUACAAGCUUUGGGGACAAUGCAAGCGACGUGCAGCACAGCUCCGUGCAACAAAAUCGACAUAUGCUACUUCCGGCUCCACCUUCGAGACGGUUGUUGUUGGCAGCUCCUCCUUCUUCUGAACAUGAUUCGCAAACUGCUGGGCAAGUAGCUGUUCGACAAGCAAGCCAACACUCCGCUCCGACAGAAGCCCAACAGCCUCUUGCUGAUACUGAAAGAAUUACUAGGUCUGCUGCGGGUGCUGCGGGUGCUGCGGGUGCUGCGGGUGCUGCGGGUGCUGCGAAAGUGCCUGCUCCGUCGUCCAGACACCGUCAUCGAGAAGCUUCUCGGGACACAGUUGUUGUUAACAAAAGAUUGGCUGAUUUGAUUGAGCAAAAUGGCUAUUAUGUUCCUAACAGUGCACUUCAGCGGCUGGCGCGAAAAGAAAAUUCUUCAUUAAUUUUAAAUCGCACAAAUUUAAUUACCCGGCCUACUGAUAACCUUCCACUAAAAGUAUCCUCAGAAAAUUCGACUUCAAGCUCUUCACCAAGAUUGGAAAAUGAAGCCACGAAUGAUUCUCCUACAACAACUUCUACUCCUGCUUCUUUGUCCUCGGAAUCAUCUGCACAUUCGGUGCCAGUGGUUACUUCGCCAACCUCCUCUGCUGUGACGUCUCCCACAUUAGAAAGCUCUUCUUCUCGUCGUGAUCAUCAAACCACUCCUCCCUCGUCUUCGAAUCGCAUGCUUGAUAAACUGAAACUCUCGAACUCUGAGUCAGCUUUGGACUCGGAACCUAGGUCACUGCUACAUGGCUUGCCACCUCGUGAGCGUUCAACACUGAGAGCCCCACACGGCCACCUCCAGGGUACACCGGAUCUUAGAUUCAACCCCACUCCCGAUGCAGUUCCCUUUCUUUCUCACACUCACUCGGCAACACACAAUGUCCCUACUACUUCAACAUCAGUGGAUGAAGACUCAGUCGUUAGCACUGACUCGCCGUCCCACUCUCCCGCCUCCACACCCGAAAUUGAAGUUGAGGCUACAAGCGAUGAAAUCUUAACCGCAGCACCCUACAAUUCUGACUCCCAGGGCUCAUCAGAACACUUAGCUGACGGCAUUGAUUUCUUACAUGAAACUUUUGUUUCUUCGCCUGCUGAUGAUGAAAUUAUUUUUGUUGAUGAAUCGGCAAGCCCAUCAGGAGAUCCGUCUGCCGGGGCUGCCGACGAUGUCAUUGGCAUUGGCUGCAUCUACUCGAACUCUGAAGAACCAACUGUGAAAGCCCGCAUGGCGUCUGGAAGACUUGACACACUCAACGCUAUUAACAUUAAGCUUCCAAUUUUGAGAAAUGACAUCAAAGUGUCAGAAUCUAGCAAACCAGGUCUCUACUUUACGGCUCCUGAUGUGGAGAAUGUUAGAGCUCUUAUCAGCGACAGAGAUUGGGCCGAUCUUAAGGAUCGCCCUGCCUUCAUUCGAUUUCCGAAUGUGGGAGUGGCGCUGCUCGACCCUGGCAAGAAGCUAAAAGGGACCCACGGUCACUUGCGGAAGCCAACAACAGAGAAGAUAAGCGCUUCUGGUUUGAUGCGGCCUAUUCGGAAUUUGCUGCCAUUGAUGGAAAUCAUGUCUACCAAGUUGUGCCUCCCGGCGGGUCGCAAAGCCCUUGGCACCAAAUGGGUGCUGAAGAAGAAACUCAACACGGAUGGUUCAAUUGACAAGUACAAGGCUCGUCUUGUUGUUCAGGGGUUUCGUCAGAAGUUUGGUGUUGACUAUGUUGACACCUUUGCGCCAGUGAUGAGAUUCAGCACUGUUCGUCUCAUUUUCGCCCUAAGUGCGGCGAAGAACUGCGAGAUGCACCACGUCGAUGUUAAAAAUGCUUUCUUGAAUGGAGAUCUAGAAGAAGACAUCUAUGUCAAGCCACCAACAGGAAUUGACCAUAAUACCCCUCCUGGCAUGAAGCUUGUUGACAAGUUGGAAGCACUAGGUUACAAAGCUGCCAAGAAAGAACCCUGUCUCUUUUACAAGAUUAAUGGCAAAGACUUCAGUAUUAUAGGUCUUUAUGUUGACGACAUCUUAACGGCGUCAAAUGUACCGGGAGAAUUCGAGCGUUUUUUCAAGGGCCUAUCUGGUUACUUUGCCAUCAAAGAUGAAGGUGGUGUUAACAAAUUCUUGGGAAUCAGAGUCCAGGACUCCGACAGGACAAUAUCUCUGGAUCUGGAACAUUAUAUUGCUGACAUGAUUGAGGUUUUCAAAUUGAGUAAUCAAACAGCUAAGUCGAUACCGUUGCCCAAGAAACAUGGCCUUGAUUUCCCACAGGGCCUCGAUGCUCGUCCAGCUAACCAAUCGCUGUAUCGCAGCAUUCUUGGCAAGCUACAGUUUGCUGCACAGACGGCCCGUCCGGACAUUGCCUACGCUACAGGCAAGCUUGCUCAGUAUGCGAGUGACCCUAGAGCUAUUCAUAUGGAUAGAGCAUAUCAUGUUCUGAGCUACCUCAAAGGCACCAAGGACCUGGCAAUUGUCUAUCACAAAAAUGUACCAGGGGCCUCUCCGCGGCUUCUGAGAGGCUGGUCAGAUGCCGAUUGGGCAAACGAUCCCGACAGGAAGUCUAUCCCAGGCUUUGCAUUCUCUCACGGUCCUUCAACCUUCUCUUGGAAGUCGGCCAAACAGAAGUUGACAGCAACUUCCACAACCGAGGCUGAGCUGAUUGCCGCUUUCUCUGCCACGUGUGAGGCAGUUUACUUCCGAGAUCUUUUGGAAGAACUUGGUGAAUCUCAACCUUUUGAGAUGGGGGAGGACUAG